CCGGGCGUGUGGCCGGGCGUGCGUCCGUCCGAUAAAAAUAGAAGAAAGAGCGAGAGGAGGAGAGGGGAGGGAGAAAUAUGCAGAACAUUGUGCUCGGUUGUAACGGGGUGAUGGCCGCCCCUUCUCUAGCACCUAUUUCUGCAUUAUUUUCCACCGGAGACCUGAUUUCUCGGCGCCCAUUAUCCACUUUUGGGCCGCUUUUUCCGGCCACUCUCUCAGUCCAGCGUCCACUGUCCACCCCCCUCUCCUUUCUCCAAGCUCCUCCUCUUUCUUCUCUGUGUUCUUCUUGUUCGAUCGAAAGGAGAGAUACGGUCGCCAUGAGUUCGUCGUCGUAUACUUCAACUUCUCCUGAAGAAGAUCCUGACAUGGCAAAGCUCGCUCAGGUUUCUAAGAGACUAGAAAAUACUUCUCGGUAUUUUAAAAGGUUGGGCAGCUUGGGAUUUUGGAGUCAGCUUGUGUGCACUGUAGUAGCUGCUGUGAUUUUGUCAUUUUCUGCAGUUGUAAGUGGCAAGGUGACUUCACCAGCUACGUUCUAUGCUACAGCUGGCGGUAUUGCAGCAGCCUUUUUGUCAGUCUUUUGGUCCUUUGGAUACAUCCGUCUAUCUGACAAGCUUUGGAAAUCACUGAGUGAACCUGCAAAGGCACCUCCUCGGGCUGAAGUAGUGAAGAGAUUGAGAAAUGGUAUUGUGAUUAACGUCCUUGGAAUGGGUGCUACAGUGCUUGGGAUGCAAGCUACUAUUGGUUUAUUGGUAGCAAAGGCUCUCACUUCCUCUGCUACUCCAUAUUACCAGGGGCUAACUCCUGGUUAUAGUCCAGUUUUAGCUCUCGAUGUCUUCUUGGUGCAGGCUUGUGCAAACACUGUACUCUCUCAUUUUCUGGGGCUUAUUGUCUCACUGGAGCUACUGCGUUCAGUGACAUCGCCAUCAUCAGAAGCUGUUGUCGUCCCCAAGGUUGCAUAAGUGGCUGCUCUUCAUCUGUUAUUAUAAUAAAAGAAAUUUCUUACUCCUCUCUCUCUCUCUCUCUCUCUCUCUCUCUCUCUCUCUCUCUCU